AUGCAGUUCUUCGUGAAGUCCCUUACCGGCACUUUCGCCGUCAACGCCCAGUCUGGCGAUAACAUCAACAAUGUCAAGGCCAUGAUCCAGGAGCGUGAGGGUGUUGCUGCCGCUGUCCAGCGCCUCUCCUUCGGUGGAAAGACUCUUUCCUCCGAUAUGCUCCUUGCCACCAUCCCCGCCAUGUCCACCUUGGACCUUAACGUCGACCUUUUGGGAGGUGGUAAGAAGCGCAAGAAGAAGACCUACACCACCCCCAAGAAGAUCAAGCACAAGAAGAGAAAGGUCAAGUUGGCCGUUCUCAAGUUCUACCAGGUCGAUGGUAACGGCAAGAUCACCCGUCUCCGUCGUGAGUGCCCCUCCGAGACCUGCGGCGCUGGUGUCUUCAUGGCCUGGCACCACGACCGUCAGUACUGCGGUCGCUGCGGUCUGACCUACGUCUUCAAGAAGGAGGGCGAGACUGCUUAA